AUGGACGUUAAAUCGCUACCAGAUUUCCGAUUCAUCCCAUAUCCAGUCCAGCCUAAAGAACUACUACCACCAGAUGAACCAAUUACUCUCAACACCUCGUCCUCAUGGACUUAUUGCGGACCCCUCUUGACCCUUGAAUCAUGUAACCUGCCAUCCUCCUUUAAUACCUGGGCAGAAGUCACACUCAGCGGCUCAAUAUUGCCCUCCCUAUUCUCCUUCCUAGCAUAUGUCCACGACUUCCUCACCAAAAACAACCAAUCCCACUACUGGCUCACAAUCAGAGCAAGCAAAGGAUCGAACGAAUUCGAUACCCCACGUUGGCACACAGACGAUUUAUUCUUCUCCCCACUCAAACCACCAAUAAACCAUAGACGUGAAUCGCUCUUAUCGCCAAUCACUAAUCUACUCAAACCCACCCGGACAGGAUCAACAACAAACCAAGACCUCUCAAAUCCUAUCUCACCCUCAAAUCCACAAACCAACCAUCAUGACCAUUGCCCAGAAUCUACACCCCCAACCGCACAAAUCCCAUCUACAAGCCCAACCCCAACAAACUGGAAACUCACAACAACCCUCCUAGGCCCAGGAACCUUAUUCAUCCCACCUGCAACAAACCACCUAGCCCGCGCCACUCAACAAGCCGCGAAAACAGCCGCUCGCACCGCAAACCCAAACCACAUCUGCGUCUCCGUGCGCUGUGUCGGCUGCGCCAUGGCGGCCGAGUCAGUGCGAGCACGGCUGGCCGUUGAGCUGGGCAGACAUGGAACUGUGCAGGCGUCGACGGGGGAGUGUGUUUUCUUCCGGGUUGGCGAGGACGAGGGCGCGGUGCAUUCUGAGCCGCGAUCCCAUGGGGAUCGGGUCUUUGUUAAUGUUGUUCCUGGUUAUGAGGCGGACCUUAGGGCGCUUAUGGCGAAGUGGGGGAUGGAGUAUCCGCGCGCUUGGUGCGUUGGGUUGCCGUUGGUUAUUGGGGAGGGGGAGGAGUGUUUGAGGGAUGUUGGGGGGAAGAUUUGA